AUGGAGCUGCAGGAGGAGCAGCUACAGCAGCAGCUGCAGCAGCAGCAGCAGCACAGCAACUUCCUCAAGAAGGUGGACGUCCCCGUCCACGCGCACUACAUCGUGGCCGCCUGCAUCAUCACCAUCGGGGCCCUGGGUAUCACCGGGAACGCCCUUGUCAUAUUCGCCUUCUACAGCAAUAAGAAGCUGAGGAGUUUGCCGAACUUCUUCAUCGUGAACUUGGCGGUGAGUGACCUGCUCAUGGCCUCCACCCAGGCUCCCAUCUUCUUUAUCAACUCCCUCUACAAUGAAUGGGUGUUCGGGGAAACAGGCUGUAAGAUGUAUGCCUUCUGUGGUGCGCUAUUCGGCAUCACUUCCAUGAUCAACCUGCUGGCCAUCUCUAUCGACCGCUACCUGGUCAUCACCAGACCUCUGGAGACCAUGAAGAGCAACUCCAAACGCCGCACCACACUGGCCAUCCUCCUAGUCUGGCUCUACUCUCUCCUCUGGAGCCUGGCACCCCUUGUUGGCUGGAGUUCUUACAAGCCGGAGGGCCUGAUGACCACCUGCACGUGGGACUACACCACGUACACCAUUUCCAACAGGAGCUAUACCAUGAUGCUUUGCUGCUUCGUCUUCUUCCUGCCUCUCGGUAUCAUCCUCUACUGCUACGUCGUCAUGUUCUUGACCAUCCGCCAAGCCAGCAGGGACUUGGAGCGGAUGGGGACGUCCACCAUGCAGCAGUCCAUCCGUAGUGAGUGGCGCCUGGCUAAGAUUGCUGCCGUGGUCAUCGUGGUGUAUGUGCUGUCCUGGUCCCCCUAUGCCUGCGUCACACUCAUCUCCUGGGCAGGGUAUUCCCAUCUUCUUGGUCCAUACUCCAAAACGAUACCUGCAGUUAUCGCAAAAUCAUCCACAAUUUACAACCCAUUCAUCUACGCGAUUAUACACACAAAAUACAGGAACACGUUAGCUGAGAAGGUCCCCUGCCUGGCCUGCCUCCGGAAGAGACAUAAGGACUGCUUGUCCACUACCAACAGCGAGACCUAUGCCAACGACGGCGGCUUCAGUAGGCAGUCAUCCAUGAGCAAGAAGAAACUCUUCGCCGUCACCAUGACGACAGCCACCCCCAGCAACGAUGUGGUUCACAUGGUGCAGGCCCCGAAGAUGUGUGACGUGGAGAUGGAUGUGAUGUCGCGUAAAGCGGACUCCUUCAGGAGCUCUUCCUCAUUCCCCUUACUGCAGGAGAGCACCAGCAGAGGAGCCAGGUGGCACAAGACCACACACCACAAGGCCACCGACAAUCGACCCACCAGCAUCCCAGUAUCCAUGAGUCUGUGUGAGGAUGACCUGGUGACGGGAUCGCUGCACACGGCCUCCGUCCCGCUGCUCGUCUCCUCCGGGGACCCGCUCGUGUCGCACCUGACCUCGGCCUCGGGCGGCAGCACCACACACAUCGUCUCCUCAUAUGCCAGCCACAGCCACAGGGACAGGGACAGCUACAGGGACAGCUACAGGGGCAACCUGGAGACAGUGUGCUUCACCACCAGGUCCUGCUACGGCGUCCCGCGCAUUAUCAUCAGCCCCACCUCGGAGAACAGUCUGACGGAAGAGGCGCUGUACUUGGACAAUAAACCGGGGAGGCGAUGAGGGAUGAAGUGGACUGAUGCUGAUGGCCUCUAUCAGAGACAGCGUAACCAGU